UGGGGAGAUUCCAGAUAAAGGAGCUGAAUCAGUGGCGGGUGCUGAGGACACAGAGGAGACCGGUCUCUGAGCUGCUCUCGCCGGCGCGUGACAAGGAAAGAGCUGAGGUGCCGGGAGUCGGGAGAUCCCAGACUGGGAGUUAUAAAACAGAGACACAUCGGCUGUGCUGGUCCCAAGCUGUGAAUCCCCCGGACAAAGCAGAGGAACCGCGCCCCCUACUGUUCAGCUGUGAAAUGACCAUGUUGUGGCUGGCGGUGCUACUGACCUGCGGAGCCCCUGCUGCUCUUCUCCCCACAUCCGGAGUGGGCUGCCCCGCACGCUGUGACCCUUCCUCCUGCUCCCCGGCACCUACCAACUGCCAGUCGGGGGAGACGGCGCUGCGCUGCGGGUGCUGCUCUGUGUGUGCUGCUGCCGAGUAUGAGCGCUGCGGGGAAGGUCCCGAGGAUCCGUUAUGCGCCUCCGGGCUCCGCUGUGUCAGGAACGGCGGGGUGACCAGAUGCCAGUGUCCCUCCAACCAGCCCGUCUGUGGGAGCGACGGCAAAACCUACAGCAGCCUGUGCCGCCUCCAGGCCGAGAGCAAAGCGGUGCAAGGGCGGGGGGUCGCCGCUAUUAUCCCCAUCCAGAGGGGAGACUGUCAGCAAGGACAGAAGGACCCAGACAGCCCGCGCUACAAGUACAACUUCAUUGCUGAUGUCGUGGAGAAGAUCGCCCCAGCUGUUGUCCACAUUGAGCUCUUCCGCAUACUCCCUUUCUUCAAGCGAGAGGUGCCCGCAGCCAGCGGCUCUGGAUUCAUUGUGUCGGAGGAUGGACUCAUUCUCACUAAUGCCCAUGUCGUGACUAACAAGCAUCGCUUAAAAGUGGAGCGCAGCGACGGCUCCACGUAUGACGCGCAGAUCAUUGACGUAGAUGAGAAAGCGGAUAUCGCCCUAAUCAAGAUCAAAGCUAAGGGGAAAUUACCGGUUCUGCUGUUGGGUCGCUCAGAAGAACUCCGCCCGGGAGAGUUUGUGGUGGCCAUCGGAAGCCCUUUCUCACUUCAGAACACAGUCACCACUGGGAUUGUGAGCACCGCUCAGCGUGGGGGCAAAGAGUUGGGUCUACGGAACUCUGAUAUGGAUUAUAUUCAGACUGAUGCCAUUAUCAAUUAUGGAAACUCUGGGGGCCCGCUCGUGAAUCUGGAUGGUGAAGUGGUCGGUAUAAACACCCUGAAGGUUACUGCGGGGAUCUCCUUCGCUAUUCCGUCGGAUAAAAUCCGCAAGUUCAUGGCGGAGUCGCACAACAGGCAGUCCACAGGUCAGGGGACUAAGAAAAAGAAAUACCUGGGGAUACGGAUGAUGUCACUGAGCCAGGGAAAACUGAAGGAGCUCAAGGAGCAGGUGAAGGAUUUCCCAGAGAACACCUCAGGAGCUUAUAUAGUAGAAGUGCUCCCAGACACCCCAGCUGAAGAGGCUGGCUUGAAGGAAGGCGAUAUAAUAAUCAGUAUAAGUGGCAAGACUGUGACCUCCAGCAGUGAAGUCAGUGAAGCCAUUAAGAAAGAGGGCACCCUACAGAUGGUGAUACGUCGUGGCAACGAGGACAUCCCUAUCUCUGUGACACCCAAGGAAAUAGAAUUUUAAUGGGAGAAAUGAGCUGGUUUCAUGCUUCUUCCUAGAAAUAAAAAACCCUUCCCAUACAAUGACAUUGCCCACACCUUUUAUAAUCCUGGGGUAAUAAGGAGCCUCGCUUUUGCCAAUUGUCCUGCUGAUGCAGCUUCAUAAACUUUAGUGCCAGUUUACACCAUUUUUUGGCCUCCAAAGUAACCCAAGAUAGAAUGUUAGGUGAGUUGGACUGAGAUACCUUCAGAUAAAACAGUUAGUAGAGUUAGGUCAUGCCACAAAAAACUGCCCUAGACUACUAUAACAAGCGCUUUUCCAAGUGGUUAAAAAUCUAGGCAGAUUGGGGAACAGGAAAAUAAGGCUACAUUCUGAUUGGUGAAAAUAUUUAGAGAAAAUAUAAAAUCAGACCUGGGUUUGCUUGGAGCAGCAUGAAUAAACAUGGGGCUUAAAAAAAGAAUAAAAGAUGUGGUGAUUGAACUGUUUUAGCUCUUCUCCACAAAAUUGGCCUGUG